AUGAUCAAAGAGAGUGCGGUGUUUCCCGGCUGUGCAGACGGGGAGGCGGUGUACCACUGCCAAGAGGGCUUGCUGCUUCGAAUGUUGCGGACCGAAUUCUUGCGUUUUGCAGGAGACAUAAGUUGGGGAACGGUGGCCUUUGACACGUUUGAAAGCGGUGACGGGAGUGGGGCUUGGAGCUUGCGGAAGAUGUACGGUCUGGAGACGGAAGCUGAGGCGAUUAUCACCACGGUGAAAGGCUCAUCGUUUGCCUCUGUUUUGAUAGUGGAGGAUCCGAAUCGAAUGGCAGUCCUCUUCGAUGAAGAGUCCGGCAUUUUUUAUUCCAGCAGAGAGCUCAUUGAAAUGGUGUUUGGUUCGAAUGACGUCGCGAUUGUGCUCGGAUUCGGACUGGUGAUUCAUAUGUGGCACAUGAAUAAUAGAUUCAUUACGUAG